GUGGAAAAAAAAAACGCAUAUAAGUUUACAACGAAAAAGAAGCAGACGCGCAGGAUGUGAGAAAGAUCACUCGGGCGGAGAGGAGAAGAGUCGGUGGGGACAUUGAGGUUGCAUUGCUUUAAAAGAAAAAGAAACAUAAAGAGGAGCUCAUUUUGUGGAUGUAAUGUGUGUAGCCUCGGGCUGGAGGCAGGGGAGGGAGGACUCGGGAGAAGGGUUGGAGGGGAGCCGAGGACUGCCCAUGGUGGAUGGGCGGAGCAGCAAGCAUGCGCUGAGCUGGCACCGUCGGGGCUAGUCCGCUGCGCGCGUCGACAGGGAGACACGGGCAGGCUCGGGUCCGGGUGCUGUCUGUGUGCAGACGGCCGCGGGGAGACCACCGUACCACUCACGUCUCCUGACGGCGACGGUGGGAGAGAAGAGACAGAGCGAGAGAGAGAGAGAGAGGCGGAGAGAGAAAAGCAAGAAAGACGACGAGAGGGCGGAGAGCACCGCCGGAAAAAUAACUGACCAGGCUGCAAACUGGAAACGAAGCUAAGAAGGGGGACCCCACUUCGACGUCUCCCCUCUCUCUCUAUCGCUCAGCGCACCCUUUCCCACUCCCCCCCGAGGACGAACACCCCACUGAAUCCCCCCACUUGACCAGCGUUGCCAAUAAGCGAUGCACCUUGAAACCUAGAAGAAAUCGUGAUUUUUAUUAUUUUAAACCGGGAAUCUAAAUAUUUUUUUAAGUCAUUGCUUUUUAUCAACAACUGCGGAUACUAUUUUGAACGUUUACAUUCCGAACGGGUUUCUGAAAGCGAGAAAGAAUCUUUUCCGCUGGAAACUAACAUUUUUUACCCAUUAUUGUUGUAUGCUAGGAAGAAUCGUCGCUGCGGUUCGGCUAAGAGUCCUUCUCGGCACUCUGGUUUUCUUUAAGUUCUGCUGUAGAAUUUAUUUCGACAAUGAUCAGACAAUCGGCUGCUUCACUCGACACCUAAUUUAAAUCAACCUGUCCGUGUUUCCGCUGUUUUUUUCUUCUCAGCUCGAAGGUUUCAGACUUUCAGAAUAUAAAAAAGAGAAAGAGCUGUUCGUUUACAACAAGAGGAAUUUGCACAGAAGAGACUGAACGGAAAGUUUCCCUGCGAAGAAGGAGGAAAAAAAGUAGAGGAGACCUCGGCCACAUCCACGGGCUUUUUUCCCAGAGGUGGGCACCGCCCAGGCCCGGGCCUUCUGCUGCAGCCAUGCUGUCCCUGGACGAGCCGCUGGACCUGAAGCUCCCACGCGGGCGUGGCGGUGGGCGGGACCGGGUGGUCAGGACCCCACCUGCCCUCACCCCCUCCCCGCUGCACGCCAAGCGGGCACGGCAGCUGCGCAUGGCGGAUGACGGGACCGCGGUCAUCGUGCCCGCCUCCCCAGCCUCGCCCCACACAGGUGUACCUGUGGUCCCCCAGGAGAAGCCGGAGCCCCGGACCCCCCCGGCCAUCGACCUCAGCAUGUCCCCCUCUUCCCGCCACGCCCCAUCGCCCCCGGAGCAGCCUAACGGGAAUGGGGUGGCCCAGCUGCACUCUGGGGAUUCAGCUCACAUCCGUUACCUGGAGGGCGGGGCCUCUUCGCAAGCGUUCCAGUUUUUUCUACCAAUCGGAGCAGGGGGCGGGCUCCACCUUCCGUCCUCCGUGUUCAUUGGCCAGUCCAAGGAGAAGCGGGCCUCUCCCGAGCUCUCGGCGGAUGAGCAGCUAGCCUGCCACUGGAGGAAGUGCCACCUGCUCUUUGACUCCCUCCAGGACCUGGUGGACCACGUCAACGACUUCCACGUCAAGCCUGAAAAGGAUUCUGGGUACUGCUGCCACUGGGAGGGGUGUGCGCGGAAAGGGAGGGGCUUCAACGCCAGGUACAAGAUGCUGAUCCACAUUCGCACGCACACCAACGAGAAACCCCACCGCUGCCCCACCUGCAACAAGAGCUUCUCCCGCCUGGAGAACCUCAAGAUCCACAACCGCUCACACACAGGAGAGAAGCCCUACAUCUGCCCAUACGAAGGCUGCAACAAGCGCUACUCCAACUCCAGCGACCGCUUCAAGCACACGCGCACGCACUACGUGGACAAGCCCUACUACUGCAAGAUGGUGGGCUGCCUGAAGCGCUACACCGACCCCAGCUCCCUGCGCAAGCACAUCAAGGCGCACGGCCACUUCGUGGCGCAGGACCCGGGCCCGCCGGGCGGCGUGGGGACGCUGCUGAAGGCCGGCCAGAUCGCCCAGGCCAAGGAGGCGGAGCUUCCCUACAUCAGCGGCGCCCACAUCAUCAUCCCGGGGGCGGCGGCCGCCGUGCUGGGGGGCCAUGCCCUGCAGAGCCUGGGUGGCUCCCUGCCCCUGUCGCCCCUCAGCCCGCGGCCCCUGGACCUGAGUGCGCUGGGCUGCCCGGGUUCCCCGCCCGCGGGCGUGCCAGGCACCCCCGUCCUGUCCUUCAACGGCUCGCCCCUGGGGCUGGCCAAAUCGCCCCUGCUGUCGCCCGCCUUCCCCUCCGCCGCCCUGGGGCUGCCCAUGGUGUCCGUGCUGGGCUCGGAGCGCAGGGGGGGGGGGCCCCCUCACGGCAAGGGCAAGGCCAGGGGGGAGGCGGGCGAGGACGGGGCCCUGGGGGGCCUCCCGGGGGCCGUGCUCAACCUCUCCGCAGGGGCGGGCCACGACCCCCUCUCCCCCGGCUGGGUGGUCAUCCCCCCGGGUUCCGUGCUGCUGAAGCCAGCUGUGGUCAACUGA